AAAUUCAGCAAAUUGAUGGGCUUCAUUCAGGCCGCCGUCGCAGGUGGAUACCAGUUCGUUUGGGCAGAUAUGUGCUGCAUCGAUAGCACGAACAGCGACGAGGUCACCGCAGCCACCGCCUCCAUGUACUCCUGGUAUUCCUCCGCCGAUGUCUGUUACGCGUACCUCAGAGACGUCCCCACCCCUUACCACGAAGAAGACGCCCUUCCUCCUGGUCCUCCCACAGAGUUUUCUCAGAGCGUAUGGUUCACGCGCGCUUGGACUCUGCAGGAAUUGCUCGCCCCCAAGUCCGUCCUCUUCUUCUCCACGGACUGGAAAGUCAUCGGCACCAAGCAAGGCCUCUCCGAGAUCAUUGAAGACAUUACAGGAAUUGAUGUUGAGGUCCUCACCGGAAAACGCCAGGUUCAGGAGAUGUGCAUGCCCUGUCGGAUGUCCUGGGCGGAGAAAAGGACCGCCUCAAAGCCUGAGGAUCGCGCGUACGCCCUGAUGGGG